AUGACAGCGGAAGCUGAAAAUUUCAUUGAUUUUGGCAGCGACUAUGGCGACGGAAGCCAUGAAAAAGCCAGCAGUCAGCAGAAGGACUCGACUCCGGCCAGAAAUUCGGGCCACUUGACUAUGUCCCACUGGCAUUGGCAUUCCCCGGUGACCAGCGCGGCGACCUUGAGAUGGCUGUGCCUGCUGCUCCUACUCCACUCCUCCAGGCAGUUUGAGACGGACUGCGGCUGUCGUCCGGCACGUCGUGGACCCCGUAUCAUCUCCGGAGCAGCCACAAACGAGGGUCAGUUUCCCUGGCAAGCGUCCCUGGAAUUGCUGCAUCCAUCUCUGGGCUUCCUGGGUCACUGGUGCGGGGCUGUACUCAUUCACCAGUACUGGAUACUCUCCGCCGCUCACUGUGUACACAAUGAUCUCUUUAACCUGCCCAUCCCUCCCCUGUGGACGGUGGUUCUGGGCGAACAUGACCGUGACGUGGAAUCGGGCAAUGAGCAGCGCAUUCCCGUCGAGAAGAUCGUGAUGCAUCACCGCUAUCACAACUUCCGGCACGACGUGGUGCUGAUGAAACUCUCCAAGCCGGCGGAUCUCGCCAGAGCUUCUAAUAUCCGACGGAUCUGUCUGCCCUUUAUGCUGGCAGAGUCGCAGGACUCUACUCUUUCGGCAGCCAUUUCUACAGGAGCUCCAGCUGAUGAGGAUGUGCUUAUCCAGCAGUUGGAUCUGGAUGAUGUACCCGAGAAAAUCGACAACUUUCUGCGCAGCGUCCAGAGCCGGAGACGCUACCGGAAUGUCACAGCGCCCAGCAUGAAAGAGCUGAUGAACAUGAAGAUCCUUAGCAGGAUGAGGCAGGCGAUGGCGCAACGUUCUCCGCGUAGCUUGAAGCGCUCCCGGAGACGAAAUGACAAGCUAAUGAAGCUGGGACCUCGGAGGGAUACAGACGACUCCGUGGAGCAGAAGCACCUCAAGGCCAGCGAGGAGCCCAGGGAACUGGCCUUCGUUGACUGUGUGGCCACGGGUUGGGGCAAGGCUAACAUUAGUGGCGAUUUAUCCAAUCAGCUGCUAAAGACCCAGGUGCCCCUGCACCAGAAUGGCAGGUGCAAGGAUGCCUAUGGGAGCUUUGUGAAUAUCCACGGUGGUCACCUGUGCGCCGGCAAACUGAACGGCGAGGGUGGCACCUGUGUGGGCGACUCCGGCGGACCGCUGCAGUGCCGUCUAAGUCGUGAUGGCCCCUGGAUCCUGGUGGGAGUCACCUCGUUCGGCUCGGGAUGCGCCCUGGAGGGCUUCCCGGACGUCUACACUCGCACCUCGUACUACAUGAAGUGGAUCGAGGAGACCAUUGCAGCCCACUGA